UCUUAGUAGAUAUAACGCUGCAUUGUUAAUAGUUGAUACAAUUGAGAUGUGGAAUAAGUAUUUAACCACUAUGGUCAAAUUAAUAUCUGCGGCUGGUAUUACAGAAAUUCAUAAACUUGCUUUAAUUAAAGUAUCUAUACAUUGCGCUCACAAGAAAAAAAAAUUGACACCAAGUCAUUAUAUUCAUUUGAUAUAUAAUUCAAAAGGUUCAAUGACCCUGGACUUUUUAGAUUGGGCCAUUGAAGCAUAUCCGAAUGACACACGUAUCUUAGAAGUGAAUAUAAAUUUUAAACUAACUGAUAAAGAUGAACUAAUUGCUUACGAGUUAUUUAAAGAAAAUGCUUAUAAAGUUUCAAGCACUCUGUGGCUUAUAGUUAUUAAAUAUUUUUUAAAUAAGCCACAGAUAUGGCAUAUUUUCAACAUGGCAUUUGGAGAUGAAUCUGUGUGUUGUAACGAAGUAAAAAAAAAGCUUGCAAAGGAGUAUUUGUUGUGGUUAAGCAAAAAUAAGUCUUUGAAUGAUGCUCGAAACGCAUACUUGUUGUUGAACACAAACAACAGUUGUGAUGCAAGUCUGUGCAAGACCAUGGUAAAUCUAGAAAACCGACAACAGAUAAUAGAUGUCAGCAAGAUUAGGGAGCAUUUUACAUUAGCAUGCAUGCAGUUUGGUAAAACCAAUAUCGAUUUGUGGAUUGAACGAAUUUACUUUGAGCUAAAGUAUGGAUCACUAGAACUUGUUUCCACAACAUAUCACCAAGCGUUGACAACUUUGGAUAAUGAAGUGUCUGCUCGAUUUGUUGAUAUACUGAAGGAGCAUUCUACGUUAAAUGCAAUUUGUAACCCUUGAUAACUACAUAAUAAUAUUAUAAUAUUUACAUUUCAAGAUUAUAUAAAUUAUACAAUAUUAGGUAUAGUUUGAAGUCUUAAGCUAA